UGAUUAUGAUCAGCUCACAAAGUGCUCAGAAAAAAAAUUAUGUUUCUUCUUUCUUUUACAAAUAUCAGCUAAUCUCCCAGAAUCCGUAGUCAAUACUUUGCCAAAGGAUCUAAAUACCGGAGUUUAUUAUGGCUGGGCAUCUUUGCACGGGGAAGUUUACAAAAUGGUCGCAAGCAUAGGAUGGAAUCCAUAUUACAAGAAUGAGAAAAAGUCACUGGAAGUGCACCUGCUACAUAAAUUCCAAGAUGAGUUCUAUGGUAAGGAACUCAAAAUUAUUAUUGGCGGAUAUAUAAGACCAGAAAGGGAUUUUUCCUCUCUAGAUGAACUUAUCGCAGAGAUAAAGAAUGAUAUUGCAAUUGCGGACGUCAAUUAGAAGAACCUGUUA